AUGUCGAAGCCGUUUUUUGGCAUUGUCAAGAGCGUUCUUAGUGGAGACACCUUGAUCCUCUCGAGCGCCGCUAACCCCUCUGCCGAACGGACCUUUACGCUCGCCUAUGUCGACAGUCCGCACUUGAAGCGUGACGGAGAUGAGCCCUUCGCCUUCCAGUCGCGCGAGCAUCUACGCAGCCUCGUCAUUGGUAAGCCGGUCAAGUGCACCACGCUGUACACCGUCCCCUCUGGGCGGGAAUACGGCACCGCCCAGCUCAAUGAUGGGCCCAGCUUCCCUGACGAGCUCGUCAAGGCUGGCUGGCUCAAGGUCCGUGAGGAUGCCGGCCGCAGGGAGGACUCGGAGGGGUCUGUAGAGUUGGUGGAGAAGCUCCGCAGCCUCGAAGCCGCUGCCAGAAGCGAGUCCAAAGGUCUCUGGGCCGGUGUUGGCGGCGUCAUCGAGGUGCAAAAGGACAUCAGCGACCCCGAGUUCCUCAACACAUGGAAAGGCAAGACGGUCGAUGGCAUUGUUGAGCGCGUCAUCUCCGGUGACAGGCUGAUCAUCAGGCUCCUCCUAUCGGAGAAGAAGCACGCCAACCCCAUGACGGUCAUUGCCGGCAUCAGGACUCCGACCACUGAGCGUACGCUGCCGAACGGUACUGUGCAGCCCGCAGAGGAGCAUGCGAAUGAGGCCAAGACAUUUGUGGAAACUAGGCUCCUCCAGCGGAAGAUCAAGGUCGAGAUUGUCGAUCUCACGCCUCAGGGUCAGCUCGUAGCGACCCUCAUCCACCCCAUCGGAGACAAGAACAUUGCCGUCUUCCUUCUUCAGGAGGGACUGGCCAGGUGCAACGACUUCCACUCGAGGCUUCUGGGAGGCCGCAUGGCAGCUCUCCGAGAUGCCGAGAAAGAGGCCCAGUCGAAGAAGCUACGCUUGCACAAGAGCCACGUCGCCAAGGCUGACCCUGGCAAGCACGACAUGGUUGUCUACAAAAUCAUCGGAGCCGACACCAUUCUUGUGAGGAACAAGGCCGGCACGGGCGAGAAGCGCAUCAGCUUCAGCAGUAUCAGAGGCCCGCGCGCCGGCGAGCCAUCCGAGGCUCCCUUCCGUGACGAGGCCAAGGAAUUUGUGCGUCAGAAGCUCAUUGGCAAGCAAGUCAAGGUGGCUAUCGACGGAAGCAAGCCCGCCUCGGAUGGGUUUGAGCCCAAGGAGGUGGCUACCGUCACGGAGAAGGGCAAGAACGUGGGUCUCAUGCUGGUCGAGGCUGGUUUGGGAACCGUCAUCCGCCACAAGAAGGAUGACACAGAUAGGGCUCCCAAUUACGACGAGCUCCUGGAGGCCCAGGAGAAGGCCAAGGAAGAGAAGAAGGGGUUCUGGUCCGGGAAGCCCCAGAAGGCGAGGCAGUACACCGACCUCUCGGAGAAUGCCCAAAAGGCCAAGAUCAUGCUCGCCACCCUCCAGCGCCAGAAGAAGGUGCCCGCCAUCGUUGACUUCUGCAAGGCCGGCUCCCGCUUCACCAUUCUGAUCCCGCGCGAGAAUGUCAAGCUCACUAUGGUUCUAGGUGGCAUCCGUGCUCCCCGCGCCCCCCGUGCCGAUGGUGAGGGUGGCGAACCCUUUGGCAAGGAAGCCCUCGACCUUGCUAAUCGCCGGUGCAACCAGCGUGACUGCGAGGUGGACAUCUACGACAUGGACAAGACGGGUAGCUUCAUCGGCGCCCUCUACAUCAAUCGUGACAACUUUGCCAAGGUUCUGGUGGAGGAGGGCCUGGCGUCGGUACACGCCUUCUCCGCCGAAAAGUCGGGCAACUCGGCCGAGCUCUUUGCGGCGGAGAAGCGUGGCAAGGAGGGACGCAAAAACCUGUGGAAGGACUGGGACCCGUCUCAGGACGAGGAGCAGGAGGUCGAGGAGGAGCCUAUAGAGACUGCUGACGAGACGGCGGCCAACCUGGAGAAGAGACCUGUCGACUACAGGGACGUUGUGGUGACCAAUAUCGAUGGGAACGGAAGACUCAAGAUACAGGAGAUUGGCGCUGGCACGGCUUCGCUGGAGACCCUGAUGCGUGAGUUCCGCAAGUUCCACCUGGACCCCAAGAACAAGCAGCCUCUCCAGGAAGCCCCCAAGACCGGGGAACUUGUGUCAGCGCAGUUCUCGCUCGACGGCGAAUGGUACCGCGCCCGCGUCCGUGGAAACGACCGCACGACUAAGCAGUCAGAGGUUGUGUACGUCGACUACGGUAACAGCGAGAAGAUUGCUUGGUCGAAACUGCGCCGCCUAGAGCAGUCCCAAUUUGGCAUCCAGAGGCUCAAGCCGCAGGCCAUCGACGCGUCGCUAUCGCUAGUCCAACUCCCCACGGGGGCCGACUACUUCAACGACGCCAUCAGCUUCCUAGCCGAGCUGACCGAGGGCAGACGACUAGUAGGCAGCUUCGACUUUGUCGACAACAAGGAGAACCUGAGCUACAUCACUCUGUUCGACGUCACCGGCAGCACCGGUCUGCCCGGGCCGAACGAGUCGAUCAAUAAGGAGGUCGUCGCCGCCGGCUACGGCAUGGUGCCUAAGAAACUCAAGGCGUGGGAGCGCAGCAAGGCGUUUGAGGGGCAGCUCAAGCACCUGCGCGACGUUGAGGCGCAGGCCAAAAAGGAUCGUCUUGGCAUGUGGGAGUACGGAGACAUUACCGAGGACUAA